AUGGAUAAUUAUAGAAGAGCAUAUCACAGUGGCUCUUGGUAUACCAACAAAAGAGAGGUGUUGAAAACAAAAAUUGAGGAAUCAUUUAAAAGGGCAAACGUUCAAAAGCAAAAUGUCAAGGCAGCCAUAUGCCC